AUGGGUAAACGUCUGAAGUCAAACGCCAGGAAAAGCGCAGUUAACAAACUUGUCAAGAAAACGGAUAACAGAAUAAAAGAGGAACAACGAGUUGUCAGAACACCAAAAGAAGAUGAACAAGCACUCAAAUUGGUCCAUGCACCGAAAAUCUCAUCAGCCAUGUUCAUGAGGUACAACACACAGCUUGGACCGCCAUUCCACGUCAUUGUCGAUACGAAUUUUGUGAACUUCGCUGUUAAGAACAGAAUCGACAUGUUCCAAGGCUUGAUGGACUGUUUGUAUGCUAAAACUUUUGUAUACGCGACAGACUGUGUCCUGGCUGAGUUGGAGAAAGUGCGAAAGUUCAAAAUUGCCUUGAAAGUUCUGAAAGAUCCGCGAGUUCAUAGACUGAAGUGUGAACAUAAGGGAACGUAUGCUGAUGAUUGCUUGGUUCAGAGAGUUACACAGCACAAAUGCUACAUCGUCGCCACUUGUGAUCGUGACUUGAAACGUCGCAUUCGCAAAAUUCCCGGAGUACCGAUCAUGUACAUCGUCAAUCAUCGAUUCUCCAUUGAACGAAUGCCAGACGCCUAUGGAGCGCCCAUGAACUAA